AUGCCAAAUCCACCAUUGUGUAUGAUCAUCCAAAAUGACAGCAGCCUUGAGACUGCUGGCAAGGAUGUCUAUCACAUUGCAACAUUGAGGGAGAAUCUCAUCCAGGGGGAGAUCUCUGUCAUAUCCAUUCCCGGCCAUCGACUUCCAGUCCCUCCGAUCCCUCCAGCCUACCUCCACUCCUCCUUUACUAACCUCGGAGCUCCCAUAUUCCGCAAUCCUCUCGGUACCCCUCGAUGGUCACCACCCCCUCCUUUCAAUUUAUUACCAACGCCUCCCUAA